GAAAUUGUCACGAUGCAAGAUACGACAUCAUCGCGGAGCGACGCACGUCACUGUUGAGCAAAGGCCGUGGAGAUUCUGAUCAUUGAUGACGACGACCAGGACGUUUUGCGCGACGUGGACACCCGGGUGCACGAUGUUGUGUGCCGGCCGCGAGCAAUAACACACAGGACCUCCUCACAUUCAAGGAGUACAGCAUGCACAGUACAUGUAAGGCGAAUGCAAUAACGCGGCUGGACAUCGCGAUAGUCCCGAGCACUGUGCAGUCCUGCCCAGGUGUGCUGGCGAUGGUUAUGUCCUGGUCAUGGUUCAGACGGAUGUGUGGGCCAUACUAUUUCCCCACACGGGAACGAGGAGUAGUGCAUAGUGCACGGUGCGUAGUCUUGCGCAAACAUCGCACGGAUCACCACCACGGGAAGAGCGGAAGUGCAUCAUCGUUUCGAUCGAAUGAUUCCCAGGAGGUCGUGGGCAGGAGAGGAGAAAAUGAAAUUACACGAUGCCAAUGCAAUGCAAGACAGGGAAAGAAGAUUUCUUUCCCCCUUCUUGCUCGAUCCUUCCAUGGGCUUCCAUGGAAACUGUGGAGCCUGAGACGCAGGAUCCGUGGAAUUGUCUGUCUUGUCUGUCUCGCACGACGACCGGGUCUCGCUGAAACAAUGCCACGCGUUCCCAAAGAGAGGGAAAAAAAUCCAGGCAAAGGACCGGAUGUUGAUUCACAGGGACCAGGGCGAGACGAGUACAUCGAGACAAGGAAAGACACGACGAGGGAACAGGCCAACACCCGAUUCCGAGUGACGAUGCGUGAUGCUUAGACAUUGUACCGGCGGUUGGCAGGCGGGAAGGGGAAAAACGAGCGCACCCAAUUAGGCCAAACGAGAAACGGGCGACCAAGGGAAAAAACGUGUCCCGUGAUGGCAUGGAUUGUCUGGUCGUC